CAUUUUAACCACAGAUUUGAACAUGAGGCAGGUGACUGCGAAAUUCGUUCCACCUGUUUUGACUGAGGAACAAAAGCAACAACGCUUAUCAAUUUCGUUGGAGUUGCUAGAGCGUUCUGCUUCGGAUUCUGGCUUUUUAAGGUACAUCAUCACAGGAGAUGAGACUUGGGUGUAUGGUUAUGAUCCUGAGACCAAGGUUCAGAGUUCUCAGUGGAAAUCACCCAGUGCUCCUCGAGCCAAGAAAGCACGGCAGUCAGGAUCCAACAUUAAGGUGAUGUUGAUUGUGUUUUUUGACCUUGAUGGCAUUGUGCUAGCUGAGUUUGUACCUCGGAACACUACGGUGAACUCUGAAUAUUACAAGGGCUUGUUAGAGCGCUUAAUCAACGAUGUGUGUGUAAAACGGCCUGAGAAGUGGGCAAAUGGUUUCAUCCUCCAUCAUAGCAGUGCUCCGUAUCACACAUCGCUUCUGGUGCAGCAGUUUCUGUCCGAUGAAAAUAUCACAGUGUGUCCUCAUCCACCUUAUUCCUCAGACCUGGCGCCGUGCGACUUCUGGCUCUUCCCCAAAGUCAAAAUGGCCAUGAAAGGGAAACGUUUUGAGUCAGUUCAGGACAUCAAGGAAGCUGUGACAGCGCAGCUAGACACGCUCACGAAGGAGGACUUCCAGAGCUGCUUCACAGAGUGGCAGGAACGAUGGGAUAAGUGUGUGCAGAGCGAGGGGGAGUACUUUGAGCGGGAUUAACGGCAGUGUGUCUUUUUCUGUAAUAAAUUUGUUUUAAUUUAAACAUCGUAUUUUACAAACGAGCUUCAUAACAUUUUCCUAAUUAAUAACCAUCUCAUUAUUUUCAUCAUUUUUUGUUCAUUUAUUUUAGCUACUGAUUUUUAAACAUCAUUUCUUAAAUUAUGUAUACCUCUGUUUAAAUUUUGGUUUUAUGUACUUUCAAAUGGUGUAAGAUUAUCAAAGCUGUGUUGUCCUUGUUAUAUUUAAGUUAAUCAUAUUUUAUGACCUUAGGGCUUUUAGUAUUUUUCAUAUUACCACUCUUGAAAAAUCGUGGGAGUCCUCUCUGCUCUAGUCCCACUCCUCUGAAUAAAACUUUAAGAUGAAACCAACAAUAUAUUUGUUGCCACCCUAGAAAGUUUGUUACUCGUUAUGAUUUGUGUAUUAAAAAGUGAAAAAAAAGGUAAACCAGAAUUUAUCUACUUUCAUCCUUUGAUUAACUGUUAAAAGUUGGGCAUAUAACGCAGAAUAUAAUAUGUAACAAAUAUAAUAGAGAAUAGUUCUCUUAUGAAGCUUAGAAUCAGGGAAAACUCAUAAAAAAUUGUAAUUUUUUAAAAAAUCACCACCUUGAUAACUAUUGGAAUAAUUAGAAGGUGUGAUAGUACAUUACAGGAGGGUAUCAAGUCAAAAGACCUAGUAUAGCAUCCAUGAGGAAAUUGAAACAUCAGAUCUUUAAGGGUGUUAGAGCAGAGAAAAGGCUGAGAGACUGAGAUCACUUUAUUUUCUGGAAGUGUUUGCUUUCAAGUUAAUGGCAAGUCAGUGGGACGCCUUUUGACAUUGCACAGUUAGAGUGAUCAGGUUUAGGCAUUUAAGUUUAGUGGAAGGCCUUAGUAUUCGGUUUUGAUACUUUGAUUUUGUAUUUGUUACUCUCAGCCUUCCCUGCCAUUUGGAGGUCAUGAAACCUAUCUUAAGGAGUGGUGAAAUUUGAAGCAGUUACUUUCAGAAAUUUUCUAAGAAAUAAAUUUCUUAAACUUACGCAUUUUAUCAGUGACUGGGGAGGUUGUCUGAAGUGACAGGUGGCUGAGUGCAUAUUAUCACCAGAGGCAGGCUGCCCUCGUUACUAAGCAGAGUUACAUUUUGGAUCAAGAAGAGUUAGAUCUGGAAAAAACAAAGUACCUCACAUGUCUUCUGUAGGUUCCUAAGUCCCUUUUACAGUACUGAUGAAAAAUGUCAACUCUGGAAUUGUGGAAGCAUGGGGAGAAUAACAAAGUAGCAGUGGGAAACCUCAGACUGUCUGGCUUCAGUUUUCUAAUCAGUAAGAAAAAAGAGACUAGUGUCUGCCUCUAGACACAGCUUUCUUACACUCAGAGUUUCUGCUGUGUUGCUUCCCGUUCAUUCUGUGGUCAAGACAGCUUUCACUGAUAGAGGUAUUGCUUUCAUUUGAUUGGGGCUUGUUUAGACACGUAGGUAUGUAAGCCUCCCACUCCCUUCACAUCCCUCUAUACUUUCGUCUCUUGCUAGACUUCCUACCUGCCUUGGGUCAUUCUUAUGUAUGUCCAUCUGCACAUUAAGUCUUUGAGUUCUGAAGCAAACUAGUUGUCUGUAUCAAUUAAAUAUACAAACAUUUGUACUUCCUGUAGAAGAAACUAGUCCAAUGCUUUAUUGCAUUCAUUAAAAGUACUGAAUAAAUACUAGUUGAUUUAA